UUGCAGGGCUGUAACAGGGAGAGAGGAGAUCCCUGAUCGCAGCCUUGCUGUGCUUGCAGGAAGCGAAUGACCAUCGCCCAGAGCCUGGAGCACCCUUGGAUUAAGGUGAUCAAGAGGAGGAACGUGCGCAACGAGGACAGCGGCAAGAAGCCCGAGCGGCGCCGGCUGAAGACCACGCGCCUCAAGGAGUACACCAUCAAAUCCCACUCCAGCAUGCCCCCCAACAACACCUACAUCAACUUCGAGCGCUUCUCCAAGGUCAUGGAGGAGGUGGCUGCGGCCGAGGAGAGCCUCCGAGAGCUGGGCAGGAACAAGAAGUCCUUCCAGGAGGACAUCGAGGCGCUGCUGUCCAUCUACGAGGAGAAGGAGUCGUGGUACAAAGAGGAGAACGAGAGCAUCAGCCAGGACCUGCGGCAGAUCCGGCAGGAGCUGCACAAGACGGAGGCGCUGAAGAAGCAGGCGCAGGAGGAGACCAGGAGCGUGGUGCAGGCGGCCAACGGGCUCAAGCGGCGCUACCGCAAGCUGGAGAACCACUACGAGGCCCUGGCCAAGCAGGUGGCGUCGGAGAUGAAGUUUGUGCAGGAGCUGGUGUGGUCCAUCGAGAGGGAGAAGCUGCAGAGCAGCGAGGGCGACGGCAGCAUCCGCUAACCCUGCUCAGCCCCGGGGCUGGGGCUGC